AUGCACUAUAAGGUCACACUUCUCUUGUCAUCAUUUGUGUUGCCUGCUGUUACCGGAAGCCUGUUACUGCUCAUCACAGAUACCAGUGCGGAUGCUGCCGUCAACUUAACUUUGAACAUAUUAUUGUCGAGGCAUGCUAUUGCGCCGACUAUCAACUUUGAAGACUCGAAUUGGAUCUGGACAGGAGAGCAAGCCAUCGGCGAGUUUUCCCUCAUGAAUGAAGACCCGUACUCCAUCGUUGUGAAUGGAGCCAAGAUUGGGAGUGGGAGCGGUUCCAACAGCUCAGCCGUCUACAUAGCUGGUUUGAACUCUGGCGCUACCAACGUUUUUGCCAUCACCGUGAAUAGCACCGGAGGAGAUUCCAGCUUCAUUGCCACCAUUCUCAUUGACUACACAGAUGGUAUGAUGGAGACUUUCAUUACCGACUCUACCUGGAAGACACUUCAAGCUGUGCCACUGGUCUCCGAAGCUACUCCUUGGGACAUCCCACCACUCCCUCCUGCUCUGAAUAUGAUGGGAGUCAGCUGGAUCCAGACGAACGAGACUGAUGGAUCCGGGGUUGAUCCUAUUGGCCACAGGCCCUUCCGAAAGACUGUGGCUCUGCUGUAUGGGAAAGCUGCUGUGUGUGGUAAGGUUGUGAUUACUGCGGACGAUGCAUAUACCAUGUAUAUUAAUGGCGAUAACAUCAGCAGCAGUGACAUCGGUUGGCGGUACAUGCAGGCCUAUUCUGUCUCCAUGCUAAAUGAAACCGUGGAUCUGGUUGUUAUUGCUAUUGAUAGCAACAACAUUGAGCCUAGUUUUGUGGGGCUCAUCACAGGCGUACUGCUGGCAUACAACGAUGGGAUGUCAGAGACUCUGUAUAUGGAUGAUUCGUGGAAGACUUUGACUGAACCUACCCCAGAUGGUUUUGAGGUAAUAGGUUUAGAUGAUAGCACUUGGAUUAAUGCCACAGAAUUCAUCCAUUCUGAUGUGGAGACUGUUGUUGUGCCGUUGGCUUAGGCUGUUUCAUUGACCUCCCCUUCUUCUUUCUGAAGCUUGCGAUUGAGUACGCUACAAAUAUAUACCCUUAUCUGUUAUGUUGUUUUGAUUGUCAUUGUGGUUGCC